AUGGAAAAACACCACAAAUUACGACGACCAGCGGGAUCGAGCAUCCACGCGUGCAACAUAUGCGGCAUCGAAGGCCACCAAGCCAUGAACUGCGUGAACGGCAACGUCGAUUGGUCCAGAAAAUGGCCGAAAGAAAUGUUUCAAUUCGAACAGUUUGAGUACGCGAAGAGAAGAGAAGAACCGGAUUACAACCAGAUCGCGAGAGAGGCAAAAGCGUACGCAGCGAAGAUGCGAAAGAAAAUCGAUAAAAGAGAGAAGAGAAAUCGAGGCGAGGACGUGAGCGAGAGCGAAGAGGAGGAAGUAGAGGCGAAAAAGUUGGACGAGAAAAUGCGAGCGAAACAAACGAAAGAAGAAGAAGAAGAAGGGAAGAACAAAAAUACGACUAAAAAGAAAGACGGGUGGUUGGUGUAUUACGAUAACUUAGGACGCCCGUAUUAUCAUAACGCAAAGUUAGGGAAGACCCAAUGGACGCCACCAGAUACGAACGUUUAA